AUGUGGCUUCUCACAGUGAACCAGGUGUUAAGGAAAAUGCAGAGACGCCACAGCAGCAACACGGAUAACAUUCCACCUGAAAGAAACCGCAGCCAAGCGCUCAGCUCCGAGGCGAGUGUGGAUGAAGGCGGCGUCUUUGAAAGUCUGAAGGCAGAAACCGCCUCUCCCCCCGCACUCUUCUCAGGCUUAACCGGCUUAACCGGCCUGCCCGCAGGCAGCAUCCCCGCCAGCCCCUUCCCAUCCAGCCUGGUGUUGGGGUCCUCGGCCAGCGGCGGGGACGUGUUCAUCCAGAUGCCAGCCUCCAGAGAGGAGGGUGGCGGCCGGGGUGAGACAGGUGCCUACCACCACCGCCAGCCCCCACACCACUUCCACCAUGGCCACCGUGGGAGCUCACUGCUGCAGCACGUGGGCGGGGACCACCGCGGGCACUCGGAGGAGGGGGGCGAUGAGCAGCCCGGGACGCCGGCCCCUGCUCUGUCAGAGCUGAAGGCCGUCAUCUGCUGGCUCCAGAAAGGACUCCCCUUCAUCCUGAUCCUCCUGGCCAAAGUCUGCUUCCAGCAUAAGCUGGGCAUUGCUGUGUGCAUCGGGAUGGCCAGCACCUUCGCCUACGCCAACUCCACACUCCGAGAACAGGUCUCUCUGAAGGAGAAAAGGUCGGUGCUGGUCAUCUUGUGGAUCUUGGCCUUUCUAGCGGGGAACACGCUGUAUGUCCUCUACACGUUCAGCUCCCAGCAGCUAUACAACAGCCUCAUAUUCCUUAAGCCCAACCUGGAAACCCUGGACUUCUUCGACCUGCUGUGGAUCGUGGGGAUCGCAGACUUUGUACUGAAGUACAUCACCAUCGCCCUCAAGUGCCUCAUAGUGGCCCUGCCCAAGAUCAUCCUGGCGGUCAAGUCCAAGGGAAAGUUCUAUCUGGUCAUCGAGGAGCUGAGCCAGCUGUUCCGAUCUCUGGUCCCCAUCCAGCUGUGGUACAAAUACAUCAUGGGAGACGACUCCUCCAACAGCUACUUUCUGGGAGGGGUCCUGAUCAUUCUCUACAGCCUGUGCAAGUCAUUUGACAUCUGUGGCCGCGUGGGUGGUGUUAGGAAAGCCCUGAAGCUUCUCUGUACCUCUCAGAAUUACGGAGUCCGGGCCACUGGCCAACAGUGCACAGAAGCCGGCGACAUCUGUGCCAUCUGCCAGGCCGAGUUCCGAGAGCCUCUGAUCCUCAUGUGCCAGCACGUGUUCUGCGAGGAGUGCCUGUGCCUGUGGCUGGACCGCGAGCGCACCUGCCCACUCUGCCGCUCCGUCGCUGUGGACACCCUGCGCUGCUGGAAGGAUGGGGCCACAUCUGCACACUUCCAGGUGUACUAG